UCUCCGAGUUAGGUGACAAGAUGACAAGACAGUGUUUAACAAAGCGUGUUUAGCAGGAAUAGUGGUUAGUUUGUAACAGAAAACGUCAGGCUACCAGGAUCGAGACUGGCCCGCCGUCGGGCGCCAUUGGUGAGCCCGGGGCACCCUCUCAUCCUGGCGUUGGUUCCAGUCAGAUCCUGCUUCUCCGCCACUUGAGGGAUACAGGAAAGUAUCGACUGCUAAUCCGGCACUUGCUGCUUUCACCAAGGUUCCAAGAAGAACAGGUAACAAUCAAUGAAAUCGUCCGAGAAGGAGAGCGACUCCGUGCGGUAAACACGGCAUCGACGUCGAGAGCUGGACGAUUUGUACAGACGCUGAGUGUAAAGCAGUUUUACAACAGAUUGGCGAACGCCACUCGCGGAGAAUGGUCGUACCUAGACCUGUUGACAGGUGAUCAGAGACGAGCUGGGCUUCUGUUACUACUACUACGACUGCUGCUGCUGCUGCUGCUGCUGCUGCGGUGGCUAAAGUUCGAUAGCAAGGCUGCAUGCGCGCGCAGGCGUGCGCGGUGCUUGAAAGAAAGAGAUUUCGCGCGGUUUCGUCCGAGUCGGUGGUGCUUUCUGUCCGUGCUGCCUUCCUCGCAGCACCUCGAGUUCCUUGCAGAACAUUUCUGCUUCGAAACUGCCCUCCGGUGCUGACAUGAGCGUCACUAUCUGCGUGUUUUGUGCGGGUGCAUAUGGUUGCGAGAUUACGUCACUUUUCUGAUUUCAUGCCUGCGUUAUUUUUGGCCGAGGAGCGUGUUAAAGAAUUGAUGUGACCCUCGAUAAAUCUCAGCUGUUUGUUCUGAUGUGAGAGAACGUUUACACAAACUCAGAAAAAUGUGUUAAGGGAAAUAGUGGCACAACAAGGCGACGUUUAAGUCGGAGGCAGUCAUUGCGACCUUGGGUCUGCUGAGGAACUGAGUUGCUGUUCUCGUACCCUGGCGAGGUGUAGCAAGACCUUGGGAUAACCUACCCGUUUAACAUGGAGAAAAUUAGUAUGUCGAUUUUGUCUGGGCUGUAUAAUGCCAAAGUGAAGAAUUAUAAAGACCUUGAUAAGCAGGAGUCUGUGGACGACGACAUGGUCGAUUGUCAGAAGAUUUGGGAAGGGUCCACCCAUCUUAUGGACACACUGGACGACCUGCCGCCGGGUAUCGGUCAGUACGACGACUUCCACACCAUCGACUGGUUGCGUGACAUCGCCCGUGACCGCAUGCGACAUCGUCACAUCGUCAAGAAGAGGCAGGAAGGCUGGUUUGAGAAGCUGAAGAGCGCUCACGACGCGUGGUCUGGAUGGGUCUGCGUAUUCUUUGUCGGCCUGGCUGCUGGGUCUUGUGCUGGUGUUAUUGACAUUGGAGCAACAUGGAUGUCAGACUUGAAGGAGGGGGUGUGUCUUGAGGCAUUCUGGUUUAAUCAAGAACAGUGCUGCUGGUCAGGAAAUUCCACAACAUUUAAUGAUGAGGGUGGUUGUGACCAGUGGUACACAUGGCCUGAGCUACUUGGAUCAGCAAAAGGAGCAGGCUCAUACAUUGUUGGCUAUCUGCUGUACAUUAUCUGGGCACUGGUUUUUGGACUUCUGGCUGCUAUGCUGGUUCGAGUUUUUGCACCAUAUGCCUGUGGUUCUGGUAUCCCUGAGAUUAAAACCAUAUUGAGUGGCUUUAUCAUACGUGGCUAUCUGGGCAAGUGGACGCUACUCAUCAAGUCUGUGGGUAUGAUGCUGGCUGUAUCAGCUGGCCUGAGCCUGGGCAAAGAGGGACCUUUUGUUCAUGUUGCAUGUUGCUGUGGAAAUAUCUUCUCAUAUCUCUUUCCAAAAUAUGGUCGAAAUGAGGCGAAAAAAAGGGAGAUUCUGUCAGCAGCUUCUGCAGCUGGAGUCAGUGUAGCUUUUGGUGCUCCUAUUGGUGGUGUGCUCUUCAGUCUUGAAGAGGUCAGCUAUUACUUCCCGCUGAAGACACUGUGGCGAUCAUUCUUCUGUGCCCUCAUUGCAGCCUUCAUUUUGCGCUCCAUCAAUCCUUUUGGCAACGACCACUUGGUGAUGUUCUACAUCGAUUAUAAUGAGCAGUGGUCACUGCAGGAGCUUAUUCCUUUCAUUUUACUUGGUGCUCUAGGGGGUGUUUUUGGGAAACUGUUCAUAAAGUUUAACAUCAUGUGGUGCCGUUACCGAAAGACUUCAUCGUUGGGCAGCUACCCCAUUCUUGAGGUGCUGGUUAUUACUUUCAUCACUGCUCUUCUGAGCUAUCCCAAUCCCUACACCAGGAUGAAUUCCAGUGAGCUUAUUCGACUUUUAGUUAGUCGGUGUGGGCCAGAAGAUGAAAUCGAACUCUGCGACUACAAUCGCAAUCUUACUUCGCCUCACCCUUACCAGGCCAGUGCACUGGCAAAAGAUGGGGUUCAUUCAGCCCUGUGGAAGCUGUUCCUUGCCCUUGUGUUUAAAUGUGUCAUCACCGUCUUCACUUUUGGAAUAAAGAUUCCAGCUGGACUGUUUAUUCCUAGCAUGGCUGUGGGAGCUAUCACUGGGCGUAUGAUUGGAAUUGGAAUGGAACAGUUGGUCAUAGCGAAUCCAUCAAGUCCUCUGUUCUCCAACAUGUGUCAACAAGAUGUUUGCCAGGUUACCCCAGGACUGUAUGCCAUGGUUGGUGCAGCAGCAGCCCUUGGUGGUGUGACACGCAUGACAGUCUCCUUAGUAGUCAUCAUGUUUGAGCUGACUGGUGGACUGGAGUACAUUGUACCUAUGAUGGCAGCCGCCAUGACCAGCAAGUGGGUUGGUGAUGCCCUUGGCCGAGAGGGAAUCUAUGAUGCCCAUAUAGCCCUUAAUGGAUAUCCAUACUUAGACAGUAAAGAAGAGUUCACCCACACAACUCUUGCAGCAGAUGUGAUGCGACCAAGUUUGAAUUGGAGAUAUUGGCGAUAUGGGAUUGGAGUGAGGAAUGAUCCACCUCUAUGUGUCAUAACUCAAGACUCCAUGACUGUCGAAGAAGUUGAACACAUUCUGAACAAUACAAAUCAUAAUGGAUUCCCAGCAGUAGUUUCACGUGAGUCUCAGUACUUGGUUGGGUUCGUGCUUCGUCGUGAUCUCAACUUGGCUAUUGCCAAUGCCCGUAAGACCUCUGAAGGUAUAGUGAGCAACUCCAUCGUCUAUUUCACCUCCCACAUACCACCUGCAAGUCCUAACGGCCCUGCCCCUUUAAAACUCCAUAAGAUUCUUGACAUGGCCCCAAUUACAAUCACUGAUCAGACACCUAUGGAAACAGUGGUGGAGAUGUUCCGCAAACUGGGGCUGAGGCAGACUUUGGUCACUCAUAAUGGUCGCCUUCUGGGCAUCAUUACCAAGAAGGAUGUCCUGCGUCACAUCGCUCAGCUGCAGAAUCAGGACCCAGAAUCCAUCCUAUUCAAUUAGAUGACCUGACUAUCGUCACCAUCACCACUCAAGAGUGCAUCCUCUUCAGACAGCUGGCCAAGCAUGCCAUCAGUACUCAGCACAAGGUUGCCAUUCUGCCUCAUCAGAAGUUUGUCCCCUGUGGGCUGUUCGCAGUAGAACUGAUCACUGGACCCUUGCAGCACCAAAGACAGUAUGUGAGGCGUCUGUGAGAGACUGACUAGUCAUGCUAUGCCAGCCUGGCUUCCAGGCCAACUCAUCAAGCAUGACGACUUGUCUUGCAGCACUUGAUGAUGACAUUUCAUCAGCCUGUAAAAGGCAAGCAUGCUCACUCCCAUAUUCUCAUCCCACUUGCUCUUUGCAAAAAAAAAAAUAAAAAAAAAAUAGCUAAAGCCUUGUCCAAAGUCACUGAAUCUGUGAUUCUGCUUGUGACAUUCGUCAGUCUGGAAAAGUCUGCCCAGUGAAAUAUUAGUGAAGUGCAUAUACAAUGUUUUCAAGGUUGGUCUUAGGAGUUGUUUUGUUUUUUUUUAAGUUAUGCUAGUCAUUUAUGCUGUUGUGGAUUUUGCAUAAUGCAAAAUCCUGUGAUUUUAGCAGAGAGCCUAGUAGGUGGAGUCUGACCUUCUGAUAAAGACCUGGGACAGGUGAAAGAUAUCAGAGGAAAGAACACGUUAGUUAUGUGUUAGCUGUCUGUGACACUCAGAUAAAACGGUGGUGUUUUCCUUGAACAUUUGAGGCGACUGUGAUGCUCUGAUUGAUUUACCCUGCCUGUGGCAUAUAAGUGUUUCUCUCUCAUCAUUUGCUAAGGAAUUGUUCUAAUCCUUUGUGUUAUCUUUUCAUGCAAUGUAAUUGCAUCAGUAUAUGCGAUAUUUUUGUCACUUCUAUCCUCACAUGAUGACUGCUGCAGAUUGCAUAAGAAAGCCUUAUGGUUGAGAAAGAAUAUUUUCUGGUUUUGUUCUAGGAGGAUGCAGGUUAAUGUACUCACUGUAUACAGUAAAUGUGAUGGAGAUAAAAGGUUCGUUUUGAAUCUGUGAAAAUGGGUAUAGCAUGGAUUAUAGCAGUGGACUGAAAUGUGCAUAGCUUCUUCUAGUUUGCAUUACCUGUAAACUGCGACAAAUCCAGGAAACAUCAAGAGUUGUAACUUUAGACCGUUCAAACAGAGGGGCACCUAUUCUAGUGUAUCUGUCAAUAUCCAAGGUCUACAACCUGUUUGUAAUUAAAUGAACCACACUUUGUUCCAGUCCAGAACAAUGGAGGGAAGUGGGGCAGUUGGACAAAAAUGAGAGGAAUCUUCUCACCAUUGCAACUUUAGGAACCAUCGUAGUCUUAUAGCACCCACUAUGGUAUACCAAAUGGCUGACCAAUGUAGUUUCUUUUCGUCCAUGUCCACAUUUUAAUAACCACAUCAGAAGGAUACUCAUUUAGCAUUAAGCUAAAACAGAGACCUAUGUGAUGUUAUUUUUAUUCUUUGUAUCUGAGGAAGAUGAUUCGGUCCAUUUUCCAUCUUCAUUCAGAACUGACCAGAUUGCAGUUUGCAGCAGUUCUUCAUAUGAGGGUAGAAAUUAAGCUGCAUUCCAUAAAAAUUGUUUGAUGUAUGGGAUGGAAGUUGAGAGAAUAGACAAGGCUGCAAGUAUUUUUGUUUCAUCAUCUUGUUUGUAAUGUAGAUUGUAGAUCUAUUUAGAAAUACAUGUGCAUGCCACAGUCAGUAGACAAGUGUUGGAAGUUGUAAAUACCUUCAACUCCAAGUAGAUACCCUGUCAUAAGUUAAUGCAAGAAAAAGGGCCAUAAAAUAGUGAAUGUUCUUUUCAUUUUUCUUAAAAACAAUGUUUUAAAGAGAGGUGCUCAAUCUGUUACAAGAAAAGUGCAAGUUUUGCUCAGAUCAUAGUCCUGUGCAUUAGUACUAUGCAUUUCCUGCAUUCCUGAUUGCUUAAAAGUCUUUUCUUCCAAAACUAGACAAGUUUUUUGCCUUUAGAAUAUUGAUUUUAUCUUCUAAGGACCAUCUUGAUCUUUUAUUACAAUAGGUUGACUACUUCCCAAAUAUUCUCAGAACAUUUGAAGGGCACUGUAGAAAGUGAGUUAACUUCUUGCAGUUUGGAAGAGAUGUAGAAAUUUUAGUCCACAUAUGUUAGUGACAUUCAUGAAAAAUAAGCAUUAUCAAAUCAAAUGCUAUUUAACAAUCAUUUAAUAGACGGUGUCAAGACAACGUUGGAUUUAACUGUAAAAGCAAGAAGUACUUUACAGUAAGAUUUGGAGUGUGUGAAAUUAGGUAGUCCACAAGUCUAGACUGGGACAAGUCUUUUUUUUUUUUAAUAGUUCUACAUGCUAGUAUAAGACAAAUCUUAAAUUGUACUUUCAUGUGAUUCAAAACAGACAAUAUUCAUACAAUACUCAUUCAAUACAGAAAAAUGAAUGCAAAUGAGCUGUAGCUACGAAGACUUUUGCACCUGUGGGUGCGAAAUCUAUAUGAAGAGUUUAAAUUAUUUCUGGCAGUCACUAGUAUACCACAUUAGAAAUACUAAGUGUAUCCAGGCUCCAUCACUUAAAGCAGAGUGUUUUAAUGAGUUGUAUUUCUUCUGAGGCUACUGUUAGAUGUUUUUCCCCCUUUUAAUCAGUUACUGAAAUCCUGGAGUUGUUGUUACAUAAAAAUGUAAGCUCUUGAUUGAUUGUAGUAUCAGUCCAUGUCACAUGCUGUCAUUUAAGCAUUGCACUUUCUUGUCUUUUUUUUUUUUGGUCCGCAUGAGAGCUUAUUUUUGUGCAGGGGCGUGCAUAAUUAUUAAUUUCUCUUUGUACUUCUUUCUAAAUGGGGACCGGACAUAUUAGAUCAACACAUACUGUUCUGAUAUUAUAUUAUUUAUGCAUAUCAAAGUUACAGAGGGUAAGGACACAUGUAUAAAGUAUUUGUAUUUAACAUCCAGCACUUUGGCACUCUUUUGCAUUCUAAUUAGUGCACAUUGUGUGACACUCAAAGAUUUUCUUUUAUGACGUGUGUACUGUCACAAAAUAAACAGCAAAUGCUAAAGUUUUACCAAACACUUAAAUACACUUUUUCUUUGAUCCAGCCAGUUCAUGUCAUACAUAAUAAGGGUGUUGCUCUUUGCAAGGCAUAAAAGAUAAUAGUGAUUUGAAAUAUGACUUUUGCUGUGAAAAAAAAGCAUGUCUGUUAUAUCUUGUGUUCAAAAAAUGCAACCAGGUUUGCAGCAUGGCAACACCUAGGCCACCUCCAUUCCUUUGCUAGGUUUGGGAGCAAAGUUAUGACAUGAAGACCUGCUUUACAGAUCCACAACAUGGUCUUGAUCCAGAAACAUAUUAAGCUGUAUGAACUAUUCAGCAGUAAACCUUACUAUUCCCUCCCCCACCACCACCAUUUACAACAAAAAACAAAAUCUUUUGGUAUCCAGAAUGUAGGAGCUAUUGCAUGUAAUGAUUAUACACUGAGGUGUUUUUCAUGUGCAAAAAUAUUCUUUAAGAAAUUAUUUGUCAUGGGUGCUGUUUAACAUGUUUUCAACAUUCUUGGUUCAGCAGGUAAUUUAUUUUGUUGCAUUGUAAAUAGAAGAUACCUGUUAGAUUUUUUUUUUCUAUGGUUGUGUAUGGUUUUCAAUUUCAUUGAGGAAGUGGAGAAGUGGGAGUGUUUUUGGAUGACCGAAACAAGCAGUUAAGAAGUUUAAUUCAUUCCUGAAAUUAAGAAGAAUAAAAAUUGAGCCAUGGGCAGUAUUACUACAAAAAUCCUUAAGAAAAAUAGCAGUGAUGCAGCUGUUUAAAACAGCAUACACAUUGGAUUUUCCUCAUUUGUUUCUCCAUCCUAGUUACUAUAUGAACCUCUUUGCAUUGUUUAAAAACUGUUGUAGGCGUAAAAGUCAUGUUUAUUUACUUUGGCAAUGCUCAAUAUUUACUUGUUUUUCAAUACUAAAAAUGCAAAUGUUAUUUGGAAUUUAGACAAGUCUUUAUGAGAUUCCCAAUUUAAUGAUUUCCCAUGAAGAAAUAGAAAAACGCACAUGAAAUACUCAUGAUUAGAAGGGCAAAAGAUGAAAGUUGGAAAAUGCAGUAUGAUGUAUUUGUUGAACAAUAAAUGUAUGCAUGACAUUUUACGGGAUAAUUACUAGUGGCUCCAGAUCAAUGCCAUAGUCUUGACUAUAACAGGCACCCUUUAUUUUUUGUCCUUGUGAUUAAAUUUUUUUAGAAUCUAGAGGAGAGAUAAGCAGAAAGAAAUGUAAAAAUGUAUAUUUUUAAUGCAGGUUCAGAAUAAUGUUGCCAACAUUUGAAAUCGUCAUAAUCCAUUGGACUCUGUGAAGCCUAGGCACUAGAAUUUAAAAAUUAAGGAAAGACACACAGCUGCGUUUCUCAGUGUGUGACUAUCCAAAUGAUUGCACUUAACAGGUUUUUGAAAGAAAGUAUGGAAAAUGUACUUAAAGAAUCCUGACUUGUCUUUAAGUGUAAGCAUCUCAAUAACUCUCUCCCGCCCCUUACCUAAAGGUACAUAACAUUUUUUUAAGUUUUUAAUACUGAAUGUGAUAAGGAAAGGCUGGAUUAGAAAAACCAGAUGUGUGUUGAUUUAAAUUUAAGGCCAAGUUCUGUUCAGGGACCAUAGUUUGCACUUUCAUUUACUCUAAGCCAUUAGAAGAUGCAGAAUUGGGUGUCCACCUCGGAGGUGUUCUCCUAACGUGUAUUUUAGGCUGAUUGACGUGGAACAGACUUGCAAGACCUUUACAGUCCUAGUCAAUAUGCUUGGGAUACCUGGAGCAACUACCGUAGUGAUAGAAUUAUCUGCAAAAAGGCUAAACAAAUCUAUGAGCAUAUAUACAAAACUUUGGAAAUAACACUCGUGCAAUUCUUAUCAUGCGCCCUAUUGUGCUGGUUUAAUCAAAGUCUGCAGAAAGAAUUUAAAGAAUGUAUGCUUCUGGUUGAGGAUAUUUGUCUUGUAGGUCACUGACUGGUGAAAGGUCAAAGUGUUAAAGCUUUCCCUGACAGUUUAUGUUUAACAUGGAGGCAUUCCAUCCUCAACAAGUUAUUUGUUUUCACCUCACGGGUUUACUGAUGAUGUUUCUACUUUCAGUAUUGGUAUGCUUUUACUGCUUUACUUGCAUUUCACAAAAUUCAUUGAGGUAGACAGAUGUCUGUUGUUUUGCUAUAAGAGAAUUUGAAAUUUGUCAUUAAAAGACCUGAGUUGGGACAACAAAUGAGUAUAUGCAUGUGCAAAUGCACUGUGGUUUCUUGUGUUCUUACUCCUGUUUAAGCAGGACUGUUUCAGACUCUGGUGAAGAAUGCCAUGAAACAGAUGAUAAAAUUUGUACCAUAAA